CGAUCCAAAAGAUAACAUUGUUUAAAUUCAUCGAAUGAACUUGAAAACAAAAAUUUUUUUUUGAUGUAAUUAAUUUCUAAAAAAAUAAAUAAUGAACGGAGCAAACAUCAAAAAAGUAUUAAUAGCUGGUGGAUCAGGUUUUAUUGGUUCUGUUCUUACGAAACAAUUACAAAAAGAUGGAUUCGAAACCUGUCUUAUAUCGCGUAUGCCAAGACCUAAUAGUAUAACAUGGGACGAUUUGAAUCAGAAUGGUAUUCCAGAGAGGACAGACGCAGUUAUCAAUGUGGCUGGACAGAAUGUACUUGAUCCAACGCGUAGGUGGACGCCAGGAUUCAAGCAAAAUGUCAUUGCCAGUCGUGUACAUACGAAUCAAAUGUUGGUGAACGUCAUCAAUCAAUGCGAUAGUCAUCAGAAACCCAAAGUUUUUGUUUCGAUUUCUGGUGUCGGAUAUUAUCGACCUGACCCCAAUCAGAUUUAUGAUGAAUAUUCUACGGGUGGCGACCAUGAUUUCCUCUCAAAAUUAUGUACAGAUUGGGAAAAAGCUAGUAAAGUUGAAGGCGAUCAAACUAGAAAUGUAAUUGUUCGUAGUGGCAUUGUACUAGGCAAAAAUGGUGGCAUCAUUCAACAAAUGUACCCACUGUUCUUUUUAGGCCUAGGAUCUAAAAUCGGUUCCGGUACACAACAUAUGCCAUGGAUACAUAUAGAAGAUAUUUGCAACAUAUUCAUACAAGCAUUAAUAAAUGAUAAAUUCGCUGGAGUCAUCAAUGGAGUUGCACCAGAAAUUGUCACUAAUGAUCAAUUUACCAAAACAUUUGCCCGUCUUUUAUGGCGUCCAAGUUUUCUGUUCAUUCCGGAACAGAUCAUUGAAUUUGUAUUCAGCUCCGAAAGAGCUGUAAUGAUGACCAGAGGACAGAAAGUCAUUAGCAAACGUAUGGAAGAAUUGGGUGUUCAUAUAAAACAUCCGACCGUAGAGGAAGCAUUGAAAGAUAUCUUGAAAUGAAACUUGAUGAUCAUUAUAUUAUUCAUUUAAUUUAAAAUCUUUUUCGUGAUACAUGCACUUUUAUGAUCGAGUGAUUGAGUUUUUAUAUUGAUAAAAUUGAUUGAUUUUUGUAACAAUUAUGAUAAAUGACUAAAUUCUUAUCAAUCGAUCGUUUGUUAAUAAAUUAAUUCUGUAAUACAA